UAUUGCGCUCUGCUAAUUAGUUUACUACGGCUCAGUAGGACUUUUUCAUCGGUGGAGUAAGUUAGCAACAUCUAACUUACUCGAUUGCAGUAAUUUGUUAAUCGUUCGAUUUUGUGAUUAAUUCGACAGUUUCAUCAGUAAAGUGAACUUUAACGACAUGGAUGAAAUUCAGCUUAGCAAAGAUCAACUCUCUCAUUUGCGAAUGGCAUUCGACGCGUUCGAUCAUGAUAAGAAAGGAUGUAUCAGCACGAAUAUGGUGGGCACAAUUCUAGGCAUGCUCGGUCACGAAGUCUCAUCAGAUGAGCUCGCAGAAAUUAUUGGAGAAAUUGAUACGUGGGGCACUGGCGAGUUAAAAUUCGAUGAGUUUUGCAAACUAGCGUCGCGCUUCCUCGAAGAGGAAACUGACACGGAAGCGAUACAGCAGGAGUUACGAGAGGCAUUCCGUUUGUAUGAUAAGGAAGGCAAUGGUUAUAUCACUACCGACGUGUUCAGAGAUAUCCUCCACGAAUUGGACGACGCAUUAUCUCCGGACGAGCUUGACAUGAUCAUAGAGGAGGUGGACACUGACGGAUCUGGCACGCUUGAUUUCGAUGAAUUCAUGGAGGUCAUGACAGGAUAAAUUAUGAGUUUGGCACCGCGCGAAUGCACCGUGUCGAUCGCCCACGUAUCGAACAACGAGUGUGCCUGUACAAACAGAGAAGCCGAAAUCUCUUCGAAGUCGACGCUGGCGGAGUAUGCGUUCGCUCGUUUAUCAUAUAUGAGAAAAGAUCGUCGUAAAGCCAGUAUGUUUAUAAAAUAUACGAGCCAGGAGUUUCGACGAAAGAGAUGCUCGAGAAUAAAUCCUAAGGAAUUUUUAAUAUUCACAGAAUACGCGUAUGGCAAAUGUAACGAGAUAGAUUCUGGAAUCUCUGAAUUAAUAUUUCAAGUAUAAUAAUGACGGCUAUUAGUAUGCCUUGGAAUUCAUAGAGCUAUUAAUUUGUCAAGAUUGCAAAAUUGCUGUCCUCUGUGCCAGGAUUUUGAUACUGAACUCCCAUUAGCUGUUAAUUUAAUCAAAUAUCGAAAUUUUUGUAAUGUAUUUUGCCCAUGUGGCGUGUGUAAUAAUAUAGAUAUAUAACAAACGUA